UAUCCUUUAUACUCUUUUAUCUUAAAAGAUAUCAUGGCUCCCUGAAAAGAUGGUGACUCACCUUGGAGCUAUACAAGUCUCCUCUGCCGUAUUAUGGAAUUAAAGAAUGGAUUUUCUCUUUCUCCAGAAAAUAGACAACAUGCCAUGAAAGAGGUUAAGGUCUCUCAGUGGAAGCAAGAAAAAUGCAAGAAAUGUAUCUAUAACCAAUUCCCGUCAACAUGCUGCAUCCCAACAAUACACAGUUCCACCCUUCUUCUUUCCUUCUGAUGGGGAUUCCAGGGCUGGAAGAUGUGCACAUCUGGAUCGGCUUCCCCUUCUUUGCGGUGUAUCUAAUAGCCCUCCUGGGGAAUAUCACUAUCCUGUUUGUGAUCCAGACUGAACACAGCCUCCACCAACCCAUGUUUUACUUCCUGGCCAUGUUGGCCUGCACUGACCUUGGCCUGUCUACAGCCACCAUCCCCAAGAUGCUGGGCAUUUUCUGGUUCAACCUCAGGGAGAUUGCAUUUGGUGCUUGCAUCACGCAGAUGUACACUAUCCACAUAUGCACUGGCCUGGAGUCUGUGGUGCUGACAGUCAUGGCCAUAGAUCGAUAUAUUGCCGUCUGCAACCCUCUGAGAUACAGCACGAUCCACACCAGUAAGGUGAUAGCCAUCCUGGGCAUAGUCAUCAUAGUCAGGACUUUGGUGUUUGUGACUCCAUUCAUAUUUCUCAUCCUGAGAUUGCCUUUCUGUGGUGUCUGGGUUAUCCCCCAUACCUAUUGUGAACACAUGGGCUUAGCAAAGUUGUCUUGUGCCAGUAUUAGGGUCAAUGUUAUCUAUGGCUUGAUUGCUUUCUCAGUGGGAUACAUUGACCUUUCUGUGAUUGGAUUUUCCUAUGUCCAAAUCCUCCGUGCAGUCUUCCAUCUCCCAUCCUGGGAUGCUCGGCUCAAGGCACUCAGCACAUGUGGCUCCCAUGUCUGUGUUAUGUUAGCUUUCUACCUGCCAGCACUCUUCUCCUUCAUGACACACCGCUUUGGCCACAACAUUCCUCAUUACAUCCACAUAUUUUUGGCCAAUCUGUAUGUGGUUGUUCCUCCUGCCCUUAAUCCUGUUAUCUAUGGGGUCAGGACAAAACAGAUAAGAGAGCGUGUACUAAGGAUGCUUAACCCUAAAAGCUAUUGAUAUUUAGCCCCAGGAGGAUCUUCCACAAAAGUUCAGUGGAACAAUAGUAGGAUCAAAACAGAAAAAAACACUGGAAAUAUUUUUGUUAAACUCCUCUGGCAUUCUCAUACAAGCCAAUCACACUACAUUUUCCCCCUAUUCCUCACAAUUUGUACACACCAAUGGAAGGCAUAGCUCAAAGAUUCCCAAACAAUCUCUCUACUUUCCCACAGGAAAAGUACAAAAAAACUUCAUAUUUAAAACCCUUCAAUACUACAAAAUUCCUAAUGAGAGAAAAAGGUUUGCAAAAUGUUGCAGCCCCAGUAAUGCUUUGAAUAAUUUCCUUCCACAUGACGAUUCUCUUCAUUCACAUGUCAGAAGCUGAAGUUCAUGCCUGUAAAAGUGAUGUGGGAUUUCCUGAAAACCAAGCAGGAUGCAGUGCUAAGAGAAAUCAACCAGGAGUCAUAGAUCCAGGUUUAAUUUCGGGCUCUGGCCUUGACUGGAAGAUUUACCUGAGAAUUUUACUUAGAGCUCUCUGAGCUUCAGUAUCCUUGCCAAUAACAUGCUAUAGAGCAAUUUUAAUUUGGGACUCUGAACUCAAAAAAAUUGUUGUAAAAAUCUUUGCAGCUUGUAAAACACUAAAAGAUUUGGAAAUAAAUGUAUUUCUGGU